AUGUCGUCUGACCUGUAUUUCACUGAGGUUGGUGAGUGCGCCACAGAGGAGCUGAAGAAAGAGAGGCUAACGCGAUUUGUUUGUGAGUUGUGCUAUCAUUUCGCGAUGGGCAACGCUGACCUCGUUGCUAAGGUUGGCCAACGACUGGGCGUCGGUAAGUGA